AUGGAGGAUGGAAUUGCGGGCGAUUGCAGCAUGAGAAAAACAGAAGUACGUAAUGCUCUGCCCCACUCAAAAUACCUGGCCCCAAGCUCUCACGAUGGAGGGCAGCCAGCCUGCAGGAAGCCCCAGCUUGGGGCCCAUGGCAGAAAAGGGAGGAAGGUGAAACACCUGGGCUUCUUCCAGGGGUACGGAAAAAGGCUGAAGGAGCGAUCUGGGGAUUCUUUUGUCCCUGCACUCUUUGUGGCUCCAAGCACCCAUGCUUGCUUUCGAGCCUCAGCGGGCUCCAUGAACCCACCCAGUGAAGGUGGUGGAGAGACAGCAAGGCCUGAAAGGACCUUGGAUUUGAAAAGUAAAUUCUCCAAAAGAUAUGACAUGUUUGAAUUUGGACUGGAAAAGCAGAGGGAAGGUCACCAGGGCGCCAUUCUGAUGGGGGAUGGGGAAGGAGAUGGCUCUUGGGACGCACUCCUGGGGCCGCCUCCGCCUCUUAGCCUGAUUGGUGCUCACUGGAGGCUGAAGUGCCGGACCCAGGGACGCCAAGCUGAGAGCUGGCAGAAGGGGAAGGAAGAGACGAGUUUUACCUACUGGUCCUGUCAUCUGAUGAAGGCGAAGCUUGCGUGGGGCAGGCCUCAGGCAACAGAUGUUGGUGGAGGACCUGCCAAAACUGCGUUGAGGUUUCUUUACAGGUCAAAUGGAUCCCUUUCCCCAUCAGGACGUUUCUUGGCUGGGAAUGAGCUCGAAGUACUCAGAACACACUUGACCCAUCUGAAGCGCCCACCAAAAGAGGAGCAGUUCACUGUCUGCUCUCAUCUUAUGAAAAGCUAUGAUGCCUGGUGUAUCCGGAGCAAGAUGGAGGAACUUCAGGCAGAUGUGAAGGCCACUUGGAGUUGUACUUAAAUGACCACAUCUUAUAGAAAGCAGUUCAGCGGCAGAUCAGUGUUAAUAUGAGGGAAGCUCUCCAGGGCAGAACCACCUGGGUUCUGUCUUGCCAUUCAGUGUUUCAACCCCUGGAAAUUAGAUGAAAUCACAAAAGAAAUGCUUAUGGAAUGUGUUUAUGAUCAAUAAUCGGAAGGGAUCAGUGAUACUGAUAACUGUAAAACUUAAAAUUCAGAAUAAUCCAAGCAGCUGGUAGCCACAGAUCAAAAAAAGCCAA